CAGGACAAUGUCUAUCCGUUUACAUAAUGUCUACUUAUAUAGCCGUCCAGCUAGAACUUCAAAAACUUCUACUAAUCGUUAACAUGCACCUCGGCUAAUGUGAUUACUAUUUAGAAAUGAGUCGGAAACGGCUUGGAUCGGGAAACGGCUAAGUGGCACCCUAGCGCCAAAGUCGCCGUCAAAACCACCAUGAUUACUAUUCAGCUGGCAUAUUUACCCUACGACGAACACGUUUUGAUUUAUCAGCAGAAGUUCAAGGAAAUCUAUUAAACGUAUAUAAUAUGGCCAUAGGAAUUGGAUAAUGAGUUCAUUACAGUCGUGAUUAAGUCUUUCAAAAUGUCAUCAAAAGAGAUAUCCGACGGAUCAACCCAAGAUGAACGAGGGAUCCCUCCGUCAGUAAAUACCUCAGAGGCGCAUCUAUCAGAAAAGCCCACUGGACCACCCUUUGAUACAAAAGAGAUAUCCGACGGCUCAACCAAAGAUGAGCGAGAGGUGACUCUGCCAGAGAACAUGCCAGAGGAGCCUCUAACAGAAAAGCCUAUCGCACCUCCCCCUGAUGGCGGCUUCGCAGCGUGGUUGCAGGUGCUAGGGGCAUUUCUCCUCUUCUUCAACUCUUGGGGCAUUGUGAAUACCUUCGGUGUCUACCAGGCCUUCUAUCAAACCUCUCUCCUUCAAUCUCGCAAAUCCUCGGAUAUCUCGUGGAUUGGGACGUUUGGAGCAUUUUUGCUCGUGUCGCUUAGCAUCAUCAGCGGCCCAAUAUUCGACCGAGGGCAUGUCCGUGGCUUGGUUGUUGCAGGGACCUUCUUCACGGUCUUCGGUCUAAUGAUGACCAGUUUGUCCACGGAGUAUUAUCAGCUCUUCCUCGCCCAGGGUGUCUGUGUCGGACUUGGAGGAGGUCUCCUAUUUCUCCCUAGUGUGGCUAUCGUCGCGACGUACUUUUCGACCAGACGUGGCAUAGCCACAGGAAUCACGGCCGCAGGAGGUAGCAUCGGCAGCGUUUUGUACCCCAUCAUCUUUCGCAAGUUACAGCCGCAGAUCGGAUUCGCCUGGACGACGAGAGUUAUCGCGUUCAUAGCGCUCGGCACCCUCUCGAUCAGUAUUGCGAUCAUAAAGUCACGACUUCCACCGCCGAAGCAGGCGCGUGCUAUGCUCGAUAUCAACGCUCUCAAGUCCGUUCCGUUCGUUCUGUUUAGCUUUGGGAUGUUCCUUGCAUUCGCGGGGUUGUAUAUUCCAAUAUUCUACAUCAUUGUCUACGCCCAGCGACAUGCAAAUGUCGAGUCCGACAUGUCGUUCUAUCUUCUGUCGAUUCUGAACGGAGCGUCUGUGUUUGGACGCAUUCUGCCUGGCAUCAUAGCAGAUAAAUUCGGGGCCAUGAAUGCGCUAACAGGAGUCACGGUUUUGGCUGCUGCAUUUGCCUAUGCGUGGGUUGCCAUAGACAACCUUGCGGGAUUGAUAGUCUUUGCUAUUAUAUACGGCUUCUUGUCUGGGGCGGUUGUAUCGCUGCCUCCUCAGGUUCUUGUGAGGCUGGUUCCCGACAUGCGGCUUGUUGGGACGUGGAUGGGCAUGUCGCUGUGCUUUGCCGCACUCGGGAUUCUCAUUGGUAGCCCGAUUGCGGGGACCAUUAUUAAUGUUGUCGAGGGGCAUUUCUCGCAUAUGCUGAUUCUGUCAGGCAGCUUCACGAUGGCGGGUGGGAUAGUAUUUAUUGUUGUGAGGACGGUUUAUUUGAAGUAGCGGGCAUAUAGAUGGCGUUAAGUUGAGGGAGGCUAGAUUUUGGGUGGCUAUUUUCACUGGGGGGUAAAAUAAUGGUAGUGUAGAUAUUUUGUGAAUAAUUAUAGGGUGUAAUGUAUGACUCCAAAAAGAGGAGCAUAGGGUAUAUUCUAAAUUGAGAUUUUGCUUGC